GUUAAACGCAUGAAACGGGGCCCGGGGAGGUGACCGCAUGUCAGCGCCCGGCGUGGCGGGGCCUCGGAGGGAGUGGCCGGGACCGGCAACCGCCGCCCGCCGCUGCCCGAGCCUGUCGCAGCGCCCCGGCCCCAGCCGCAGCCGCAGCCCCCGGCGGCCCGGCCGCGGCAGCAGGUGAGGGGCGUCCGGCAGCCGGGCGCGGCGCCUGAGAACCAAGAAUGAUAGCUGCAGGGAAAUUUGCAAGUCUUCCCAGAAAUGUCCCGGUGAAUCAUCAGUUAUCAUUAGCUUCUUCCAUGGACCUUUUGACCACCAAACCUUCACUAGCUGAGCAGCACUCAGACUCCUUUCAAGACAUCUCUAUCCAUGGCACUCUCCCCAGGAAGAAGAAGGGGACAGUUCCCAUUAGAUCCUGUGAUGUAUUUAGCCACAUGGGAACGUUACCAUACACCAGAACACACCGGCAGCAGCCACCUUUUAUACAAGAUGUCAUAGAAGAGAAUCCUCUACCAAAUGGAAAGAGCAACAAACUCCAUGCCAGAGAUCAGAAUGUUGUGGAUCCUGCUUUGGAGUAUGUUAAGUUUUCUAAGGAGCGGCAAGUUAUGGACAACAGCCCGGAAAAACUGAAGAAGGAGUUAGAGGAGGAACUGCAGUUAAGUAGCGAAGACUUGCGUAGCCAUGCCUGGUACCAUGGACGUAUUCCUCGGCAGGUGGCAGAAGGCCUAGUUCAGAGGGAUGGAGAUUUUCUCAUUAGAGAUUCUCUUUCCAGUCCUGGGAACUUUGUUCUUACCUGUCAGUGGAAAAAUACCUCUCAGCAUUUUAAAAUCAACAGAACAGUUCGAAGGUUCAAUGAAGCCUACUGCCGUGUUCAGUAUCAGUUUGAACUUGAAAGUUUUGACAGUAUCCCUGGCUUAGUUAGAUUCUAUGUUGGGAAUCGCACACCAAUAUCAAAGCAGAGUGGAGCAAUUAUUUUUCAGCCUAUCAACAGGACUGUACCUCUCAGGUGUCUAGAAGAAAAGUAUGGCGUAACUCCAGUCCGUCAAAAAGAGCAAGGUAUAACUGAAGGAAAAACAGAAACUGCAAAAAGACUGAGCCUUGGUAAAUCCAGCAUGCAGUCGCAGGAGCAGAGCAUACCCAGAGGAAAUCUUAUGAGAAACAAAGAAAAAAGUGGUAGCCAGCCAGCUAGCUUGGAUCAUGUUCUGGAGAAAAGAUUCCCUUUAAAGACUCACCAGUCGGAGAGCUACCUGCUGAUUGGUUCAAGACAUCCUUCUCAAUUACCUGAAGCAGAUGCAGACUCCUGUCCAAGCUCUCCUGCAUUUAGAACAGGCAGUGAACCUUCUCUAAGCCCAACAGGUGUUCAGAAAGUCACCUCUGAGACACAGGUAGGGGAAGCUCUUAGAGGAUCAGACAGUCAGCUCUGUCCAAAGCCUCCACCGAAACCCAGCAAAGCAUCCCUGCUAAAGGCCCCAGAUUCUCCUGUGGCUUCCCACAGUUCAGAUGGACACUAUUGUGAACUAAGUCCUGCCAGAGAUCCUCCAGCAACAAAACAUUUGUGUCAGAAAAACAGCUAUGUGGAGCAUCUGACACGAAAGGAGAAGGGAACACACUCAUUCAGGAACUCUGAAACAAGUUAUCUGAUCCUGGAUGAUGACCCUACAAUGAACUCUGCAGAUUGUUCAGAAGAUUCAACUGAGAUGGCUGAAGACAACAGCAUGUUUUCUGCACCUCUUUUUGAGACAGUGUCUAGUUUUAAACCAAAUGAUUUUGAAUCCAAACUACUUCCUCCUGAAAACAAGCCAUUGGAAACAGCAAUGUUAAGAAGAGUGAAGGAGCUUUUCACCAAGAACAAUCCAAAGGUUAUUGCACAGCAUAUUCUUAGGAUGGACUGCAAGGUGGCAAGGAUAUUGGGAGUUUCUGAAGAAAUAAGGAGGCUUAUGGGAGUGAACUCUGGUCUUGAACUGAUUACCCUGCCUUACGGACACCAACUGCGCCUGGACCUAAUUGAAAGGCAUAAUACUAUGGCAAUAGGAAUAGCUGUGGAUAUCUUGGGUUGCACAGGAAAUCUAGAAGACAGAGCCGCAACAUUAAACAGGAUCAUCCAAGUCGCAGUGGAGCUGAAGGACUCGCUGGGGGAUUUGUAUGCGUUUUCUGCCAUUAUGAAAGCACUGGAAAUGCCACAGGUCACUAGGUUAGAACAAACCUGGACCUCUUUAAGACAUCAUUAUACUCAGACUGCCAUUAUGUAUGAAAAGCAGCUGAAGCCGUUUAGCAAAGCUUUGCAUGAAGGACAAGAGAUGAUCAGUUCUCCACAGAACAACGUAACAGUGCCACUCUUGAUGCCUCUUGUUACCUUAAUGGAGCGACAAGCUGUCAUUUUUGAAGGGAUGGACCUAUGGGAAAGCAGUGACCAAAGCUGUGAAAUAAUGCUCAAGCACUUGAUCACAGCUCGACAAAUAGCACAGAACGCAGAAAUGUACAGCUUGACCGCAGAACGUAUGCUGGAAGGCUUCCAACCAGAUGAAGAGAUGAGUGAAAUCUUCAAGACAGAAUUUCAGAUGAGAUUGCUCUGGGGCAGCAAAGGAGCACAAGUUAAUCAAAAUGAAAGAUAUGAGAAAUUCAGCCAGAUUUUAACUGCACUUUCCCGAAAACUGGAACCUCCUCUGGUGAAGCAGGUGGAACAAUUACAUAUCUAAGACUCUAAACACUAUUAAGUGAUAUACUUGAAAUAACCAUAGUUUUCUUUUGGUAAAUUGAUACUGCACAAACUUCUUGCAUUUCACAAGAUGUUUAGAACUUUUAACUGCACAAUGCACACUUGUUUUAAAACUACUGAUUUCUAAAACAAAUUAUUUAUUUACUGUGGCACCAAGUCAUUUAAUAAUCUUUUUAAACAGGUAGGUUAUCCCUGUAAGAUAGUUUUACAGCUUUCCGUAUUUCUCUAGUGUUGCAAUGUUUUCAUAAUGUCUACAAUGAGGGGCAUCAGCCUCUUAAUGAUAUUAAAAUGAAGCAAAUAAAUAGUGUAAAUGAAGUGAUAGAUUAACUAUGUGACACUGCAGAAAAUUUCAGUUGUAUAAUAUUCCUUAACUGAGUACAAAACACCAUGUACAGAAUUGUGAAUUAAAGUCUAUCUUUAUGCAAAAUUAUUUGCAUACUGUGGUUGAAGAAAUGAUCUGUGACUGCAAAAGAAGGCUUAAAUUUCACAUUACCUAUGAAAGUAGAAAAUUAGUUGUGUAUGUGAUGGGACAACUUAAAGUGUUUUUUUUUAAGACAAUCUGUAGGACUUUGGCUUUUACUGGAGCCUGUACAACAGCUAUGCUGCCAGGAAAUGAAUGAUGAAAUGGUGAGAACAAAUAAUCCAGAUGAUUAAAAUGCUUUCCAAUACGA